GGCGAGCACGGCGCCUACAGCCCCCAUCAGCUUCCCAGGGAGAGACUCUGUCCCUCUGCCGCGAGCCAUGCUCAGGAGGCACCUCAUGUGGUGGCACCUGCUGGCUUUGCUUUUCCUCCCAUUUUGCCUGUGUCAAGAUGAAUACAUGGAGGUGAGCAGAAGAGCUAAUAAAGCGGUGGCCAGGUUUGUGCAGAGCCACCAGCAGACUGGCCGUAGCAGCUUCAGGAGGGAGAAAGUGAGAGAGCGGAGCCAUGCUAAAACUGGGACUGUGGAGAAUAACACUUCUACAGACCUAAAAUCCCUGAGACCAGAUGAGCUCCCGCACCCUGAGGUAGAGGACCUAGCCCAGGUCAACCCAUUCUGGGGCCAGUCCCCUCAAGCUGGAGGACUGCCCCCAGACUGCAGCAAGUGUUGUCAUGGAGAUUAUGGCUUCCGCGGUUAUCAAGGGCCCCCUGGGCCUCCAGGCCCUCCUGGCAUUCCAGGAAACCAUGGAAAUAAUGGAAAUAAUGGAGCCACUGGCCAUGAAGGGGCUAAAGGUGAGAAAGGAGACAAAGGCGACCUCGGGCCUCGAGGGGAGCGGGGCCAGCAUGGACCCAAAGGAGAGAAAGGCUACCCAGGAGUGCCGCCGGAACUGCAGAUUGCAUUCAUGGCUUCCCUAGCGACCCACUUCAGCAACCAGAACAGCGGCAUUAUCUUCAGCAGUGUUGAGACCAACAUUGGAAACUUUUUCGAUGUCAUGACCGGCAGAUUUGGGGCUCCCGUGUCAGGUGUGUACUUCUUCACCUUCAGCAUGAUGAAGCACGAGGAUGUGGAGGAAGUAUACGUGUACCUCAUGCACAACGGCAACACAGUCUUCAGCAUGUACAGCUAUGAAACAAAGGGGAAAUCAGAUACAUCCAGCAACCAUGCGGUGCUGAAGUUGGCCAAAGGGGAUGAAGUCUGGCUGAGAAUGGGCAACGGUGCCCUGCAUGGGGACCACCAGCGCUUCUCCACCUUCGCAGGCUUUCUGCUCUUUGAAACUAAGUGAUGAGAAAGACAAGAUAGCUCCAGUGUGGGGGAGACUUGUAGCUAAGCUAGGGUUGUUAUGGUCUGAGAGAUGUUGAAGUUGGGGGUUCCAUAUGGAGUAUUUAACUGUUAUAUCGGCCACACUGCCACUCACUCUACUGGUAUACCAAUGAUGUUGGGUGCUUCAGGGGCUCAGAAGAAUAGACCACAAGGAAAUCUUUCCAGACUACCUUGGGAAACACUCCGUGUCUUCGUCACUCUUCCCCACAUGUCUGAAAGAAUUGCGACCUGGUGCAGGUUGGAAAUAAGCAUUCACCUCAAAGGAGGCAUUUGCAAAGAGUUCUGGUGCUCUGUUUAAACACAGUACCAACUUUGAUGUCAACCAA